AUGGCACACGAAAAUGGUUCAGCAUCGUCUUCGCACGCCGGCAGCACACCGCCUAGCACAGCCCUCUCGCCCUCCGGCGCCGCUUCUGAGCGGGCGAGCCCCCUGGAGCGUCAGAUUCGUGCGUCGUUCACCGACUCGGCGGUGCGCGUGUAUCAGGCGUACAGCCACACCAUCGCCGCUCCCGCCGCAGAAACGAAAGAUCAAAGCGACGCAUCAACGAACGAGGCGAGGACGAGUAACAACGACACACAUCAUCAUGCUAUCAAGGGAACCCGUCCUGACAGCAACAAUCGCAGAAAUGCGAGUCAGGUGGUGGUGCAGUGGGAUCCGGAGCGCGACCUGCUGUUGAAUCGCCUCAACUACCGCUCCAUCCAGAUCGGGCUGAGAGGCGACGUCGCUGCUGCGUACGCGCGAGGGGAGUACAUUGAGCGCAUCGCUGACGUCACGGAGCUGUUCCGCGAGGUGCACCGACUGGGCGUGCGGGAGGGGAGGGUGGAAGAAGCGGCGAGGCUGCUCCCCGCAGAAGCGGAGUUCCCCGUUGCGCCAGCCGUGCGCUCCGCGCUGCGCAUGGACGCUCCGCUCGCGGGAGAGGCUGCCGCAAGCUGA